AUGUCGUCAACGGAGUAUACCACAUCCCAGGGGCACACGCCUGGGAAGGCAGAGUCAGAAUUCCUCGAGAAGUCGGAAGCCGGCAUCCAAAGUGUCGAUGCGACCAGUCUGCUCUCCGAUCAGCACCGUGAUUACCUGCUUCAACGACAUGGCACCUUAGAUCUGGAUCCAAUCCCCAGUAUGGAUCCGGCUGAUCCAUACAACUGGGCUUUAUGGAAGAAAGUUACAAAUCUCAGCUUGGUAGCCUUUCAUGCCUGCAUGGGAACCUUUACGGCCGCCGCUAUUAUUCCCGCCUAUGAAGAAAUCUCCGAGGAUGUCGGCGUCUCUCUACAGCGAGUCAGUUAUCUGACAUCGCUUCAGAUCGCCAUUCUAGGAGGUGCCCCAUUAUUCUGGAAGCCGCUUUCGCAGCGCUUCGGACGGCGCCCGAUUUUCCUCUUGUCCCUCAUCCUUAGCUGUGUUUGUAACAUUGGCUGCGCAAAGAGCCCCGAUUACGCUUCCAUGGCGGCAUGCCGCGCUCUGGUAUCCUUCUUCAUCUGUCCAGCGAUGGCCAUCGGAAGCGCUGUUGUCGCAGAGACCUUCUUCCGACGGGAGCGCGCACGCUACAUGGGAAUUUGGACGGUGAUGGUGACAUUGGGCGUACCUGUCGGCCCCUUGAUUUUCGGAUUUGUCGCUCAGCGUGUGGGAUAUCGAUGGAUUUACUGGAUUUUGGCCAUCACCAAUGCCUGCGAGUUCAUCCUGUACAUCUUCUUCGGUCCGGAAACCCGGUACAUCGGCGCCGAAGUGCACUCUGGAGGCUCACCUUUCAAGCGAGAGUAUGUCUCCGUCGGACGAAUCGAUCCCACGCCAUUCCGCCUGUCCGAAUUCUUCCAUCCCCUCAGCCUAUUCACCAACAUCCCUGUGCUCCUCGCAACGAUAGCCUACUCCAUGGUCUUCCUCUUCGCCUCCGUCCUCAACUCGGUGGAAGUACCCCAGCUCUUACAGAGUAAAUUCGGACUCAACGCAGAGCAACUGGGCCUCCAAUUCCUCGGCCUGAUCAUCGGCUCCCUACUCGGCGAACAACUCGGCGGUUUCAUGUCUGACAUGUGGAUGAACGCCCGCGCCCGUCGCAUCGGACACAAGCCGGCACCCGAAUACCGUCUCUGGCUGAGCUACAUCGGCUACCUGCUCGCGAUCGCAGGAAGCGUGGUGUUCCUGGUCUGCACCGAGCAGGCCACCGAGGGUAAAUGGACCGUGGCUCCCGUGGUGGGAACGGGUAUCGCGGCGUUUGGCAACCAGGUUAUUACGACCGUGCUCACGACGUACGCCGUGGAUACGUAUCCUCAGGAUGCGGGAAGCGUGGGUGUAUUCAUCAACUUUGUCCGGUCGACCUGGGGAUUCAUUGGACCUUUCUGGUUUCCCGAUAUGUUUAACACGGUGGGGAUUGCUAAGAGCUCGGGCGUGGUUACGGCUUUAACUAUGGGUGCCAGCUUCCUUCCGACUGUGUACCUGCAGUGGCAGGGAAAGAGGUGGCAUGCUGAUGGGGUGGUUGACAAGUGA